AUGCGGUUCUUAACAAGGGUCACGACAGCUAUCCUUGCGUGUUCGACAGCGACGCUCGCGCAAAAUUCGACGUUCCUCAACCCGGUACUUCCAGGCUGGCACAGCGACCCAUCAUGCGUCAACGUGGACGAGACAUUCUUCUGCGUAACCUCUACUUUCAUCUCGUUCCCUGGACUGCCCAUCUACGCAUCAAAGGAUCUGGUAGACUGGAAACAUAUCAGCCACGCAUGGAACCGUGAGUCUCAGCUUCCGGGCUACAGUUAUGCCACCAAAGGCCAACAGGAGGGCAUGUACGCGGCAACCAUCCGACAUCAUCAGGGUGUUUUCUACGUGAUCUGCGAAUACCUGGGAUCUGGUGACUUGGCAGGUGUGCUGUUCAAGACUACGAAUCCGUUUGACGAUGAAUCCUGGAGUGAUCCAGUCAGAUUCGAGGCCGGUAAGAUCGAUCCCGAUCUAUUCUGGGAUGAUGACGGCAAGGUGUAUGUUGCGACUCAGGGCAUCAUCUUACAGGAGAUGAAUAUUGGUACUGGGGAAAUGGGACCUAUUUCGCAGCUCUGGAACGGAACAGGUGGUGUUUGGCCAGAGGGUCCGCACAUCUACAAGAAAGACGGGUGGUACUACCUCCUGAUCGCGGAAGGUGGAACAGCUGAAGAUCACUCUGUCACCAUGGCUCGCGCAAAGAACAUAACUGGACCUUACCAGUCCAGCCCGUUCAACCCUCAUCUUACGAAUCGCGGCACAUCAGAGUACUUCCAGACUGUCGGUCAUGCAGAUCUUUUCCAAGACAGCAACGGGAAAUGGUGGUCUGUCGCGCUCGCGACGCGCGUGGGUCCUAAUGGAACUUCCUUCCCGAUGGGUCGUGAGACCGUGCUCACGCCUGUGACAUGGGAGUCUGGUCAAUGGCCAGUGUUUCAGCCCGUACGAGGCAAGAUGGAGGGCUGGCAACUACCUGCUCGCUCAAGAGAUCUCCCAGGUAAUGGGCCAUUCAAUUCGGACCCAGAUGUAUACGACUUUCCUCCAGGCUCACCGAUACCACGAAACCUAGUAUAUUGGCGUGUUCCCCGGGACGGCGCUUUCAAGACCACGCACAAAGGCCUGCAAGUCAUGCUCGGUCGCAAUAAUCUCGCCGGCUCGUUCAAUGUGUCUGAUCCAGCUUCGAGGGCUGUAAACUUCAUUGGACGCCGCCAGACCGACAGCACAUUCGACUUCAGUGUGGACAUGUCGUUCGACCCCAAAUCCGAUGGGCAGGAAGCUGGAAUCACUGCUUUCCUGUGGCAAACGGCAAACAUUCAGCUCGGACUAGUGCGUAAUAAUGGGACGACUUAUCUGCGUUACAACUCUACGGAAGAGGUGGAAAAGAAAAUGCCUGUCCCUACAUCUUGGCACGGAAAGCCUAUGCGGCUCCGCAUCACGAUGCCGGAUCCAAAGACGUACCUGUUCUCGGCGAUGUUGGUGAACGGCAAGUCAAGACAAAUUUCGUUUGGUAGAGCUUCAACAGCACAGCUGAGUCCAUCGGGUUCCUUUGUUGGCACGCUGAUUGGUGUCUACGCUACCUGCAACGGAGCUGGAUCUGGGCUGGAUUGCCCAACUACCACGCCAAAAGCGUACUUCAGGCGGUGGAGAUACAAGGCGGACGUACAGCUCGCCAACAACAUGUAUGAUCACCCUGACAACAAAGUCACUGUAGGUGAGGAAGCAGCAGCAUCUAUAACUUCCUCUCCGCCCCGCAAUUCACCAGACAACGAGCCCAUAUCUGCCUCUUGGUCCUCCGAUGAAGACGAUCUCAAUACUUCACCCAUACUUAAACCUGGCUUCUCUUCCAGCCCCACCGAUAACGACGACUCUCUAGCAUCCUCUCCACCUCCUUUCAUCUCCUCGUGCAGCCCAAGCCCAAGCCAGAAGAAGGAAAAUGUUCCUUCUGGAUUGCCUCGGGAAAACCCCUUCUCUUCCACUUAUAAUGCACCACCACAUCGCCCAGCAAAGGAUAUCGAAUCUUUCCCUUCGCCAGCGGCCACUCCUACUCCUCCGCCUCGCUCAGGGAGAGUUUCAGAGCUAACAUCUGCACGCAUCGCCGCGUACGAAGCACGUACCGCAGAAGCAGCCGCAAGAGCCACCACAGGAACCCCAGUCGCUAACCUAGAAUCGCAAUCAUCGCUCCUCAAUGAAGCUGCAGAAACAUCCUUUGCUUCACAGCCACCUGAUAGUUUCUAUAAAGAUGCCAUCCAGCAGUCCCCUGAAUCGCUGUCUGACCCCAUCAACAAGCUAGACGAGUCAAAAAAGCCACGUACCGCUCGUCAUGCGUCCCUCUCCGCACGGCCUACCACCAAGCCUAACCAACUAAUCCUCGGGGAAGAGAACGACAAAAGGUCAACAUCCGUUUCUCCCCAGGUAUCUUCUUUUGCAGACUUUUACGUUGCUGCGACGGAUAAAUUUCCGGGAUUGUCGGACGAUGGGGCGCUGGAGCCGGAUCGCCCACAGGAGGACCAGGUAUCAUCUGGACCCAGUGCAAGACGAAGUGGGAUAGUGCUGAGUGAAUUGGAGGAGGAGGUCAUUCGAGGAAAGGACAAUGAUCUCGCCAUAGCAGAUGAUGACGAAGAAGAGGAAGAAUGGUGGGAGAUGGAAGAUGAGGACGAAAGAAAACCCUGCCUGCGAUCCCUAUCGCACUUCCAGAUCGGAGGUGAGCAUGACAUGACUGCGCUUCCUAUUAGUGCAUUGAGUAGCCGCGAGGGCCAUUCGACGAUUCCAGACUCUAGGUUUUCUUUCGUGUCCGAUGCACCAUCGGUCCUUGACUUAUCCGAUGCGCAGUGGGAGGAAGACUCGAGGUUGUAUUGGGACGAUGCGUGUGCUGAGUUGAACGGAGUGGCCGACUCGGUUUUGGCCGCGAACGAGGAUGAUCCAAGGUUUGCUCGCAUCAAUCCUCAUUUUUCUAGGUCGGCGAUACCACCUAAAGGCGAACGCAGCGAGCCGGCCGAAUUCUCGGAUCAGAAGUCCAGUCGAGAGGACGUUCUGCAGGUUUUCCUUUCCGGCCACCCCAAGUACGAAGUAUCCAAUGUCUUCCACGAAUCGAUUGAUCGAACCAAGCACUUGAACGAGGAAGCCGAUAGGCGAGCGACGUGCAUCGAUGAUCCUGAUGCCGAACUAAGUCCACCCACCUGUCCCGUAUACGAAAACCUGAAGUUGCCGCUGCAUGAACAAUUGAGCAACAUAUUGCCUUCGCCGAGUAAUUUCACCCCUCCGUUACGACCAGACCCGUUCGCCGUCUGGACCUAUGAGUACCGACCGAAAGACCACAGUCUCCAGGUGAUUAAAACGGCCAGUACAACCCCAGGCCUCGAACUCAAGGAUGACUCACUCAAAGCUCGAGCUGAACAGUACCGUAGGAAUAGAGAGCUACUUCAGGGGGCGCUGAAGGAAUCCUUGAUCUUGGAACAGCACGAGCUGAGACGAGACCUUGAGCGCCUGGAGGCCACGAAGCGUGGCGUGCAAGGUUCAAUCUCAACACUGAGUAUGUUCCCAAGUCGCCAUCGUUUUGGGAACGCGAAGUGGAGGCUGGCGCUGGCGGGGCAGAGAGAAAGGGAGGUGUCGGAGAGAAGGAGAGAGGCGCUGGAGUAUAGGGAGUCGCAAGAGAGAACAUCGGCCGCGGAGUUGUGCCCGCUUGAUCAGGAGCUGGACCAGGCCCUGAACGCCCUCGAACCGAUUGCGGAGCCUCUCCUUGAAUCUUCUCGUACCAACAUUGCGACGGCGAACUUGGCCACCGGAGAGUGUUUCCCCUUUGUCAACCAGGCGGGGCCGCGCCGCGCCGCUACUCGGAGAUCUUCCUCUGAAUACAGCGACCGCCGUGCGAAAUCGAAGGAUGAAGUUGCUUCACCGCAAUCCGUGCCAGAGAAACCGGACAUGGUCGAUGUUGGAAACGUUCCAAAGCAUCCUCAUCCUUCCGGUGCUCAAGAUCGUGCCGCUGCUUAUCGGAUCAUGAAAAGCGUUCAGACAUACCACAACAGUGGACGAAAGAGCCAGGCAUCGGCACGCAGUGGGCCCGUAUACGGCGAGUCGGCUCGUGCCGGGAGAACCAAGGAACGUAGGAGACAAGAGGACGUUGUUGUCACAGGUCCAUCUCGCCACGAGGAGCAAUAUCCUAAACGUCAGAACAUUGUCCAGCAGUGA